UUAUAGUGUGUUGGAAAGCUCCCCCUAAACCAUGGAUGUUCUACUGCUGACGUUGGUCUCGGUCAUCUGCACGUUGGGUGCUGGACAGUCUUCGGAUAACUGUUCUUUAAUUUGUCAAAAUGAUGGAACUGCAAAUACUGGAUGUGAUGCAUGUAACUGUAUUGGGAACUGGACAGGACCUCAAUGUGAUAAAUGUGCUUUACUCUGUCAAAAUGGUGGAGCUGUAGAUACUGGAUGUGAUGCAUGUAACUGUACUGGGAACUGGACAGGACCUCAGUGUGAAAAAUGUGCUUUAAUUUGUGAAAAUGGUGGAACUGCAAAUACUGGAUGUGAUACAUGUAACUGUAUUGGGAAAUGGACAGGACCUCAAUGUGAUGUGUGCAGUUUUUCCUGUAAGAACAGUGGUGUGGCAAACGACUCGUGUACUGGAUGUAAUUGUAUGGGACCUUGGUCGGGGCUUAAAUGUGGUAAAUGUAGUUUGACUUGUAAAAACGGUGGUACAGCAAAUCAAAUGUGUAAUGGAUGUAUCUGCAGUGAAAACUGGUCUGGACCUAAAUGUGGUAAAUGUAGUUUGACUUGUAAAAACGGUGGUACAGCAAAUCAAAUGUGUAAUGGAUGUAACUGCACUGAAAACUGGUCUGGACCUAAAUGUGAUAAAUGCAGUUUGACUUGUGAAAACGGUGGUACAGUAAAUCAAAUGUGUAGUGGAUGUAACUGCAUUGGAUAUUGGACUGGAACUAAAUGUGAUAAAUGCAGUUUGCCUUGUGAAAACUAUGGUCUAGCAAAUCAAAUGUGUAAUGGAUGUAUCUGUAUUUUAAACUGGACUGGAUUUAAUUGUGAUAAAUGCGGUUUAAAUUGUAAAAACGGUGGUACAGCAAAUCAGGUGUGUUAUGGAUGUAACUGCAUUGGAAACUGGACUGGACCUAAUUGUGAUGAAUGCAGUUUGACUUGUCAAAAGCGUAGUACAGCAAAUAAAAUGUGCAAUGGCUGUAACUGCAUUGAAUACCGGACUGGACCUAAUUGUGAUGAAUGCAGUUUGACUUGUAAAAACGGUGGUACAGUAAAUCAGAUGUGCAAUGGAUGUAAUUGUAUUGGAAAGUGGACUGGACCUAAAUGUGAUAAAUGCAGUUUGACUUGUAAAAACGGUGGUACAGCAAAUCAGAUGUGUAAUGGAUGUAACUGCAUUGGAAACUGGACUGGACCUAAAUGUGAUGAAUGCAGUUUGACUUGUCAAAACCAUAGUACAGCAAAUCAAAUGUGCAAUGGCUGUAACUGCAUUGAAUACUGGACUGGACCUAAUUGUGAUGAAUGCAGUCUGACUUGUGAAAACGGUGGUACAGUAAAUCAAAUGUGCAAUGCAUGUAACUGUAUUGGAAAGUGGACUGGACCUAAAUGUGAGGAUGAAGAAUCUGCUGGUCUUGAUCUGGUAGUGAUCAUUAUAAUCUGUACCGGGUGUUUUCUCUUGCUCCUGUCGCUCACCAUCUUCAUCAUAUGUUGGAGAAGACGACGACGACGACCUGAACCUGUGGACAAAACCUCGGAUCCAGAAAUCAUAGAUACAGUCGGCCUGUCCAAUCUGUCAUUUGAUGAUUCAAGGUCUGACGAACUGGAUGAGAACACAGAGCUAACGGAGUCAAGGUCCCGAUCACACUCUAAAAGCAAACGACGAGAAUCCAGGUCAUCUUCCAGGGAAGGGCGGAGACACAGCACUUCAAAUAGAGGGGGUACAGAUGUAAGCAAACGGCGAGGAUCCAGGACUUCUAUCGGGGAAGGGCGGAGACCCAGCACUUCAAGGGAAGAGGGUAUAGAUAUAAGCGAACGACGAGGAUCCAGGACUUCUAUCGGGGAAGGGCGGAGACGCAGCACUUCAAGGGAAGAGGGUAUAGAUAUCAACCGACGAGGAUCUAGGUCAUCUAUCAGGGAAGGGCGGAGAUCCAGCACUUCAGUGAAAGGGAGUACAGAUACAAGCAACCGACGAGGAUCCAGGACUUCUAUCGGGGAAGGGCGGAGAUCCAGCACAUCAGUGAAAGGGGGUACAGAUAUAAGCAAACGACGAGAAUCCAGGGAAGGACGGAGAUCCAGCACUUCAGUGAAAGGGGGUACAGAUACAAGCAGACGACGAGUAUCUAGGUCAUCUUCCAGGGAAGGGCGGAGAUCCAGCUCUUUAAAGAAAGGGAGUACAGAUAUAAUCAAACGACGACCAUCUAGUUCGUCUUCUGGGGAAGAGCGGGGACCCAGCAUUUCAAGGGAAGAGAUUGCAGAUAUAAGCAAACGACGAGGAUCUAGGUCAGCUAUCAGGGAAGGGCGGAGACCCAGCACUUCAAGGGAAGAGGGUAUAGAUAUAAGCAAACGACGAGCAUCCAGGACUUCUAUCGGGGAAGGGCGGAGACCCAGCACUUCAAGGGAAGAGGGUAUAGAUAUAAGCAGACGACGAGAAUCUAGGUCAUCUUCCAGGGAAGGGCGGAAACACAGCACUUCAAAGAGAGGGAGCACAGAUAUGAGCAGACGACGAGAAUCUAGGUCAUCUUCCAGGGAAGGGCGGAGAUCCAGCUCUUCAAAGAGAGGGAGUGAUAAAAUACGGAGUCCUGAGUCCCCAGAGGAACAGUGACAAGUCCUCAGAGAGACGGGGUCAUAAAUCUGACACAAAUCCUUGGAAGAACAGUGAAAAGGAUAUCCUGUACUCACGUGUAAAUCACGUGUUAGUUUUUUCAUUACUUGAUGAUAGUAAUGUUCUGUAAUGCAAAUUUAAUGGGGAGGUUGUAAAUAAAUAUACAGAAUUUCA